AUGUAUCCCUUGCCAACUGUAGACGGUAUCCACGUGCUCGAAGCCGAUUUCGAUCCAGCUCGUUACACGAGGAAGUUUCGGGAGGCUCCCGAAAGGCGAGAGUGCUGUGCUGAGGCCUUUGCCCGAAGCCACGGAGCUCUCUGCUUGCCCAAGACAUGUGCCGGAGUCCGCUUCGUCGAAGGCGAGCCGGCUCUGCCGCCCCCGGGCCCCGGCGCCAAAGCGACCCGGGCGAUGUCGCGACGUGGAGAAAUGAUCGAAUCGGCGCCAGAGGACGAAGGCGAACGCUACGAUCCCCAGGAGAUGUUCGAUCUGGCAGAGGCCGAUCGCUUGGAGACGCAGCACCCGGAUGCCAUGGAUGAUGAAGUCAUCUCACAGGCACCUGCAGGAAUAUUGGUGCUCUCUUUGCUUGGGCAGCUCUAUCUAUGCCUCCGACUAACAUCAGAUCACCUCUUCGUCAUCCGAGCAUCCUGGCCUCUCGAUAGCAGGUGCCCGAGCCGCACACUUCUGGCGGCCAAAGCCAAAGACAUGGAUGCCGCAGCCCGCGCGAACCGGGCCAAUCAGAUGAAUCCCAACUACUCAUCACAUCGCAAGAAGAAGGGACCAGCGACGGCCGCAGGCCCCUCACCCCCCAAGAAGGACAAGCAAGCACAUGCACAGAACAAAGCCCGGGCCAGGAAGCAUGCAAACAACUUUGGGAAUCGUGCUCGGGCACUCAAGCCAAGGGACAAGGUGCACGAGCCAAGCUUGAAGAAGUUCUCGAGUGUGCUGCGGGGAGUGUGCGGUAGCGGUGCGCAUAUCAUCAAGAAAGGUUCUCGCAGAAAAGGCACAGCCAUUCCCGGUUCCGACUUGGACUAUCAUAUAAAGACGGAGAGACAAAUAAGCAUUGAUGAACGCGAGCAGAUCAUGGCAAACUCGGAGGCAAGGGGCCUAGAUAUUACUGUCAGGAAGGCGUUUACAGUGCAUCCCCCUGAGGGACCCAGUAUCGACUUUUUUCCUCCAGACGCUGAGUGGCAUGAUGGUGUGCAGGUGCAGGCGCCACGUCAUCCACCCAUGCGCGAUGGACGGCGGAAUGCCAUCAAGAAGCUUAAAGAGAAAAAAUACAGAAGAAAGGCGCAAGACUGA